AUGGCGACGCUAACGCAAACCGAACUCGACAUCACCGACGUAGGACUGCUGGAGUUCCUCCCUCUCUCAAAGACGGCCUCGGCGGCGCCUAGCAUCUCACAUAGCCAUGUGACGUUUGCUGACGACGUGAGAGGUGAGGCUGUACCGCCGACGAAUGCGUUUGAGGCGCGGCCGCGAUGGAACCAUCCGGCGAACAAAUGGAAGGUUUUCGCUGCCUUUUGGAGUUUUUUGGUUGUGGGGUUGAAUGAUGGGUCUUAUGGGCUUGAAACAUACUACUCAUUAUCCUACACAGUCGUCUCCCUGAUCUUCCUCUCCCCCUUCGCCGGCUACACAUUGGCCGCGAUAACUAACACAUCCGUCCACAUCCGCCUCGGGCAACGGGGCGUCGCCGUCAUUGGGCCGCUAUGCCAUUUUCUAUCAUAUAUCGUAUUAUCCAUCCACCCUCCCUAUCCGGUGAUGGUGGUGAUGUUCAUCUUCGUGGGAUUUGGCAAUGGCCUUAUUGACUCGGCGUGGUGUGCGUGGUUGGGGAACAUGGCCGAUGCGAACCAGAUCGCGGGUGUGUUACACGGAUGUUAUGCCAUUGGAGCGACGGUUGCGCCGCUCAUUGCGACAUUGCUUUUUACAAAGGGCGGUCAGCAGUGGUAUAGUUAUUAUUAUCUUCUGAUUGGGAUUGCUGGUUUGGAACUCUUGUUCUGCGCCUUCACAUUCCGGAAUCAAACAGGAAAAGUCUAUCAACAAGAAAAUCCUAGCAUGCAUACCCAGACUUCUGGACGGACUCGUGAAGCUCUGAAGCACAAACUCACUUGGAUAUUUGCACUUUUCAUCUUCGGAUACAUGGGAGCAGAAGUCUCUCUUGGUGGUUGGGUAGUCCUCUUCAUGUCCAAAAUCCGAGCUGCCUCAUCUUUCCAAUCCGGCGCCACAUCCGCUGGGUUCUGGGCUGGUAUGGCGGUGGGCCGUCUAGGCCUUUCCUUCAUCACCGCACGCCUUGGGGAGUUCUACUCAAUCCUGGCCUACAUCUUCGUUUGUCUCGCGCUCGAACUGGUAUUUUGGCUCGUUCCAUCCCUGAUCAUCUCCGCUGUUGCUGUUUCUCUUUUGGGUGUAUUCAUCGGUCCGCUAUUUCCUACAGGCAUGGUACUCUUGACAAAGAUGAUGCCAAAACAUCUCCAUGUAGGUGCUGUUGGAUUUGCCGCAGCUUUUGGGGGAGGUGGUGGUGCUAUAUUUCCGUUCAUUGUUGGUGCGAUAGCACAAAGAAAGGGUGUCGAGAGUCUUCAACCCGUCAUACUGGCCAUUUUGAUCCUUAUAGCUAGUCUAUGGAUGUGUCUGCCGAAAUCCGAGAAAAGGACGAAUGGAGACGAGGUCGAGCUGGAAGCGAUGCGAUGA